AUGAGUUCAGAGCAAAUAGGUGAUUCUCUAUAUUUGGGGAAUGAAACAGCGAAUAAUUUUGAAGAAAACACUCAAGGAACGACUCGUUCCUCACCUUCUUCUCCUGAACCUCCUAACGUAAAAAAUACUAAAAGAAGACGUGUCGAACAUGAACAGAAUUCUUCUUCAAAAAAUACAACCCUUCAAAGAUCUGCUUCUACAACAUUAUCUAGAAAUGAGACUAUAGAUUCAAUUGGAGAGGAUACUUUUCAAGGAAGUAACCAGCCGAAUCCCCAGUUUGAAAAUCGCGUCGGUGUUAUUGAAAGCAUCCACCUUGUAAACUUUAUGUGCCAUGACUCAUUGCGUAUAAGCUUUGGCUCUAGGAUUAAUUUUGUUAUCGGUCACAAUGGAAGUGGAAAGAGUGCCAUCCUAACUGGACUUACUGUGUGUCUGGGGGCAAAGGCCUCCAGCACAAAUCGUGCUCCGAAUAUGAAAAGUCUAAUCAAGCAAGGCAAAAGCUUUGCAAGGAUAUCUGUAACUAUUAGCAAUAGAGGAUUUGAAUCUUAUCAAAGAGAUGUUUAUGGUGAUUCGAUUACCAUUGAACGCACCAUUCGUCGGGAAGGCUCCAGUGAAUAUAAGCUUCGGGCUCAUGAUGGAACUGUUAUUUCUACAAAGCGGGAAGAGUUAGACAGUAUUUGUGAUCACAUGGGACUUCAAAUAGAUAAUCCUAUGAACAUAUUAACACAAGAUACGGCCCGUCAAUUUCUGGGAAACUCAAGUCCAAAAGAAAAGUACCAGCUUUUUAUGAAAGGGAUUCAAUUAAAGCAGUUAGAGGAUAAUUAUUCUUUAAUUGAACAAAGCUUAUAUCAUACGAAAAAUGCUUUGGAAGGAAAAAAAUCAGGUCUCCUUCAUUUAGCCAAAAAAGAAGAAGGGUGUAAAGCUAAAUGGGAUCAGUCCCGUGAAACAGAAAAUCUUCAUAACAUUUUGGAAAAAAAGAAAGAGGAGAUGGCCUGGGCUUUAGUCGUUGAAGUUGAAAAGGAACUAUUAGCUACGGAAAUGGAGCUGCAGGCAGCUGAAGCUCGCGUUAAUCAAUGCAACGAAGAAAGAAAUUUGUAUAUAAAAAAGUUUGGUGAGUUCGAUGAAAGAAUAUCACUUAAAAAUCAAGCUAUGGAAAGUCUCAAAUCCUCUAUUACAGAAGCUAAAGCAAGAUUUGAAGGCGUAAUUAAAACCUUCGAAGCACAUCGGUUGGAAAUGAGCGAUGUAGACUUACAAAAAAGAGAUAUUCAAAAUAGUAUUAAUGCUGCGAAAAACUGCCUUCAAAUUUAUAAGGACCAACUCGCUUCUGAACGCGAACGCCAAAACAAUAAUGAUGUCUCCGAUCACCAAAAAAGACUUGAUGAUAUUUCUGCUUUACAAAGGCAGAUUGCCAACUUGAGUGAACAAGCAGUGGAAUUAGAAUCCAAAAGAAGCGAGCUUCAUACGACUUCCCUUGAAAAAGGAGGUAACCUUUCUUCUCUUCUUGACAAAAAGGACGCUAUAGCUAAGCAGUUAUCCGAUCAAGCCGAAAAGAUUCGGAUUAUGGAGGAAGUUCAGAGAGACAAGCUGACAGCUUUUGGUAAAAACAUACCGUAUCUGCUACGAUUAAUCACUCGAGAAACUCGGUUUCAGCAUCCUCCAAAGGGACCAAUGGGUCGAUUUAUGACGGUUAAAGAAGAAAAAUGGCAUCUCACGAUUGAAAGGAUAUUAGGAAACGUAAUAAAUGGAUUUAUUGUACGGAGUCAUCACGAUCAGCUUAUACUUAAAGAAUUGAUGCGUCGUGCCAACUGUAACGCUUCCAUUGUCGUAGGUCGUUAUGAUCCGUUUGAUUAUUCUUCUGGAGAGCCUAUCACACCGUAUUCCACUGUUCUUCAAGCAAUUCAUUUUGAAGACGAUGAGGUACUGCAUACAUUAAUUAAUCACUUGGGAAUCGAGAAAAUGCUCUUAAUUGAGGACAGGAAAGAAGCCGAAACAUACAUGAAACGCGGUGUAGUAAAUGUGACCCAAUGCUAUGCAUUGGACCCUAGAAGUAAAGGAUUUGGAUUUCGUAUAGUAAGUAACCAACGAUCCUCAGGUAUAUCCAAAGUUACACCGUGGAAUCGACCUCCAAGAAUCGGUACUUCCAAUUCAAUGGACGCUAAACGAGAACAAGAACAGCUAGAGGAUUUAAAGAAGCUUUAUGAAAAUGCAAAUAAUGAUCUUCUUGCCGCGAAACAAGAACAAGGAAAGUACAGAAGAGAAGAACAAAUUGUUAUUGAGAAAGUUGAGGCGAUUAAAAGAGAAAUUUUGGAUAAACGGAGACAGGUUAAUUCUUUAGAGUCAGUAGAAACAUCGGUGCUGGACACUGAGAAAAUUCAAAGUCUUGAAAGAAAGAUUUCAGAAACCGAGAAAGAGUUAGAAAGUUAUACCGGUCAACUUCAAGAUGCUAAAAAUGAAGAGCGAAGGAUAGUGGAGGAGCAAAACCCCGUUAUAGAAGAGAUUAAUAUGUUCAAGGAAAAAUUACAAGGUGAAAAUCAAAAAUUGGCAACUCAGCAAGUCGAAAUCAAUCAAAUCAGAGAUGAAAGAACGAGAUUGGAAAUGGCGCAAGAGGAGUACACGAAUAAGUCGGAUCAUACCUUGAAUGAGAUGCGAGAAAAAGAGGCUAAACGAAUUCGGUGUUCCCAAGUAGUGGCAGAAUACAGUGCCAAAGCGGCUACUCGUUGCGAGCGAGUUCCCGUGGAACAUACACCACAGGAGUUGGACAAUGAAAUUGAACGACUGCAACUUCAAAUUACCGAAUGGCGAAAUCGGACUGGCAUCUCUGUAGAGCAAGCAGCUGAAGACUAUUUAAAGGCGAAAGAAGAACACGAUCGAUCCAAACUACUGGUAUCGAAACUACAACUGCUUUUGGAGACAUUGGAAGAAACCUUGAGGAAGCGGAAUGAAAUGUGGGCUAAAUUUAGAAAGCUAAUUACACUGCGUACUAAGGAAUUAUUUGAGCUUUAUUUGAGUCAGCGGAAUUUUACAGGCAAAUUAGUAAUUCGACAUCAAGAUGAAUUUUUAGAGCCCAGGGUGUAUCCAGCCAACAGGAAUCUCUCGAUAUCGCGCGACCGUCAAACGCUGUCUCAAGUUAGUGUGCAAGGUUUAUCAGGUGGUGAAAAAUCAUUUGCUACAAUUUGCAUGCUACUAUCUAUAUGGGAAGCUAUGAGCUGUCCCCUUCGAUGUUUGGAUGAGUUUGAUGUUUUUAUGGACGCUGUCAAUCGACUGGUCAGCAUCCGAAUGAUGGUUGACUCAGCGAAAGACUCUUCCGAAAAACAGUUCAUAUUCAUUACUCCACAAGACAUGGGCCAAAUCGCAUUUGACGAUGAUGUUGUUGUUUUUCGUUUAAGUGAUCCUGUUAAAUCCUCAAGUGCUUUACCUUCCUCUACAGCUCCUUAA